UUACGUGUUUAUUUCAAAUAAAAAAUAAUAAUGAAUAGUCCUCUCUGAAAGAUCAAGAACAAAAACAUUUUAUUCAUAAUCAAGGAGGUUCAAUCAUUAUUUCUAAAUCCAGAGAAAGCACUGAAACUUUCAACAAUAAGUAUUCAGAGUCUCGAAAAACUGUGCGAUUUUUUAUAAAUAUUGGUGUUAUUUCAACUUUUAGUACAAGCUCUUAAGGACAGCAAUGAAUUUAGGCUCGUUUUUUCAUUUGUAAAAAAAUUUGAGGUAAAAAGUUCCUACAGUUUGAAUAAAGUUGUUGAUAAAUUAAUUUUCGUAUAUUUUCACGGUAAUAUUAUUUAGGAAAAAAAAAAAACAAAAAAAAAACAAGAAAGCCUUUGCAUUUGGAAACACCAAAUAUUAGGUGGUAAUCGGUAUGAAUCUUUAUUAUAUUUUUGAAAGUUUAUUCAACAGUUUACGAGCUCAUGAGGAAAACUGCGUAUGGUAUUUAUGUUUGUAAGAAAAAAAAUACACAUGCCUUAGUUCCAUGGAUGAGCAUCUCGAAAAAUAACAACUUCAAAAGAUAUUAAUCGAAACGUAAACAAAUAAUUUAUCGGCUAAACGCGUGUAAACAAAGAGCGCCUCAAGCUAUUUCAACACCUGUACGAUAUGGGGCUGCAUGAUGCACUACUCGACAUACACAUGUGAUACUUUGCAAACAAAUUUAUAAAACGCAAGAUGUCAACGAAAAAAAAAACUCACCCUAUCACUCAUAUCGUUCUCUAUAUAAUUCAUAACUCGUGUGUCCAUCACCUACGGCUUCCCUAUACCCUGUACAUGGUCCCUCGACAAAUCACAGCCACGGAGAGCGCACAAUCCAGUUUCAGCCGGCACGCGAUACCUUACCGUACUACCAUCGAGUGAACUUCAUUGAAGGGCGAUCGUGCUCCUUUCCCGUGCCAACGCCCGCGUCCUACGUCCAACCCCCUUUUCUUCCCUCGACCCGACUUUUCCGCGCUUAUAAGCAAGUCCAGCGCGCCUUUAUUAAAGAAGUCCGAGCCAAAGUUGCAAAGUUCGCUUCAGUCGGUCGAAGCGUACAAUUGGCGCUACCAUUGGUGCCUUUCUUACUCAAUUCACCGCGGGCUGCAAGGCGCCCUUUUCGCAGAAAGGAGGAGUUAAGGCCGGUCGCGCGGCUCUGUAAUAGAAAUCGACCCUGCAUGCCGCGAGGAGCUGAAAGGCUCGAAAAAGUUUUAAUUGAGGCUUUCUUUGCCUCAAAUUGCAUUUUACACGCCCCCCCCUCCCCCGCAACCGCGAGGAAAAUUCACUCGGACCGCGUUACCGUUCUCUGCACCGGUGAUGCGAUUUAUUCCCCCCCCCUCCCUUUUUGUUCCUGCUGCUCCUCGACUGCUUCUCCGUAUUCAUGUAACGCCCCGUGAAUGUAGGUCUUCGUUAAUGUGUCCUUGGGCUAAUUUAUUUUUUUCCUCCGUUUUGGUCGAGUUUAGGGGGAAAAAAAAAACUGUGGUUGGGAGAAUUAAUGAAGAUAUGUUUUGUACAACUGUUGAUACCAAAUUGGGGGAAAAAAAAUUUCGAGAGCUAGCUCAGCGAUGGAGGGAUGGAGUACCAGUGCGUCAUCGUCUACACAGUGAUCUCACCCUCGACGAGCUUAGCCCCCACGCUGCGACUGCAGCUGGAGAACACCGUAGCUCGACGGCCGCCAGCUGGAUGCAUUGACUGGCUCAAGUCUUGGAUCAAGAGAGCCGUUGCCGCUUACCUGCGCGCGCUCAAUCUCAGCCCCAACAAUGCAGUCGUUCACGGCAACUUGGCUUGCGUUUACUACGAACAGGGGCUCAUCGACCUUGCGAUCGACACAUACCGGCGUGCCAUUGAGCUCCAGCCGAACUUCCCGGAUGCCUACUGCAACCUGGCGAACGCGCUCAAGGAAAAGGGUCAGGUGGCCGAGGCCGAGGAAUGCUACAACACCGCGCUCCGGCUGUGCCCGACCCACGCCGACUCCCUCAACAAUUUGGCCAACAUAAAACGAGAACAGGGCUACAUCGAGGAAGCCACGCGAUUCUACCUAAAGGCCCUGGAAGUGUUCCCGGAAUUCGCAGCGGCUCACAGCAACCUGGCGUCCGUUCUCCAACAACAGGGCAAACUCAACGAAGCCCUGAUGCAUUACAAGGAGGCGAUUCGCAUCCAGCCAUCCUUCGCGGACGCGUACUCAAACAUGGGCAACACCCUUAAGGAGAUGCAAGACGUCCAAGGGGCCCUUCAGUGCUACAGCCGCGCCAUCCAGAUCAACCCGGCCUUCGCGGACGCGCACUCGAACCUCGCCUCGAUACACAAGGACUCGGGCAACAUACCCGAGGCGAUUCAGAGCUACAGGACGGCCCUCAAGCUCAAGCCCGAUUUUCCAGACGCGUAUUGCAAUUUGGCCCACUGCCUGCAGAUUGUGUGCGACUGGACGGACUACGAGGCCAGGAUGAAGAAACUCGUGUCCAUCGUUGCCGAACAGCUGGACAAGAAUCGCCUGCCUAGCGUGCACCCGCACCAUUCCAUGCUCUACCCGCUAUCGCACGAAUUUAGAAAGGCCAUUGCCGCGAGACACGCCAAUCUGUGCAUCGAGAAGAUCCAUGUGCUGCACAAACAGCCGUACAAGUUUCCAAGGGAUUCCGGCCAACGUCUCAAGAUCGGCUACGUGUCCUCGGACUUUGGUAAUCACCCAACCUCACACCUGAUGCAAUCGAUCCCAGGUCUGCACGAUCGCAACAAGGUCGAGAUAUUUUGCUACGCACUGAGCUCCGACGACGGCACAACCUUCCGCGGCAAGAUCGCUCGCGAAACCGAUCACUUUAUCGAUCUCUCGCAAAUUCCGUGCAACGGCAAGGCUGCGGAUCGCAUCAAUGCCGACGGAGUUCACAUUUUAGUGAACAUGAAUGGCUACACCAAGGGAGCGAGGAACGAAAUAUUUGCCCUGAAACCUGCGCCGAUCCAGGUCAUGUGGCUCGGUUAUCCUGGUACAUCGGGAGCUAGUUUUAUGGAUUAUCUCAUCACGGAUGAGGUAACUUCCCCGAUCGAGUUAGCCAGCCAGUACAGCGAGAAGCUUGCUUACAUGCCCAACACCUUCUUCAUUGGAGAUCACAAACAAAUGUUCCCACAUUUGAAGGAACGCCUCAUUUUGACCGACAAACUCAACAAAGGCAGCAAAUUAGCCGAUAACGUGGCAGUCAUCAAUGCUACAGAUCUUUCGCCUAUGAUCGAAAAUACUCUUGUCAAAGAAAUUAAGGAAGUUAUAGUUCCAGAAGGCCAAUCCAGGAGUAAACCAGUCGAAAUUUCAAUGAAGGUGGCCGAGUUGCCAACAACCACCCCCAUCGAGACUAUGAUAGCCUCGGGGCAGUGCCAAAUGUCGGUCAAUGGUGUUCUGGUCCAGAAUGGAAUGGCCACGACUCAAGUCAAUACCAAGACAGCCACGGGAGAGGAAGUGCCGCAGAAUAUCGUCAUUACGACAAGGCAACAGUAUGGAUUGCCCGAGGACGCCGUUGUUUACUGUAACUUUAAUCAACUUUACAAGAUUGAUCCACUUACUCUUCACAUGUGGGCACAUAUCCUGAAACACGUACCAAAUAGCGUACUGUGGCUCCUGCGUUUUCCGGCAGUGGGUGAGCCAAAUCUUCAAGCUACCGCUCAACAACUCGGCCUCGCUCCAGGCCGCAUUCUCUUCAGCAACGUUGCAGCCAAAGAAGAACACGUGCGUCGCGGUCAGCUGGCUGAUGUCUGUCUCGACACACCGUUGUGCAACGGACACACAACUAGCAUGGACGUUCUGUGGACAGGGACGCCCGUGGUCACGCUGCCAGGUGAAACACUGGCCUCGCGAGUAGCCGCCAGUCAGCUCAAUACUCUAGGUUGUCCAGAGCUGGUGGCGCGCACUAGGCAAGAAUAUCAGGAUAUCGCCGUUAGAUUGGGAACCGACAGAGAAUACUUGAAAGCCAUCCGAGCUAAAGUCUGGGAUGCACGAACGGACAGUCCAUUGUUCGAUUGCAAGAUGUACGCAGCUGGUAUGGAAAUGCUGUACAAAAAGAUGUGGGAACGUUACGCGCGAGGUGAGAAGCCAGAUCACGUAUCAGCGAUUGAUAAGUCAGACAAACAGAAUCAUAACGAGACGACGAUCUCUUAAAUUUUUUAACGCGAUGCGGCACGAGUGGCUGCUUGAUCUCCGAAGCUCGUUCAUAUUUUCUCUCUCUUUAACUCUCUAUCUUUGUAUUAGCUACGGUAAAAACCGACAAGACAGACAAAUUCUACUUUUUUAUGAAUCCUUAGUAUUGAAUAAAGUACGCGAAGCCUGUAUUUUUUAAGGCUUUCAUGUAAUUGUACUUUAUUUAUUAUCAACUUGUGAGAAAAAACUUGAACUAGUUGAGCGAGACUAAUUUUUCGUUAUCAUCAUUUUAUCAAACGAGAUCGGUCUUAGGGGUCUGAAACCCUCACUCCUUUGAUGGACAAUCGACGAGCUAAUGGUUAUUGCAAAACUCAAGAGACGUUCGUGCGACGAAGCCCUUUAGAUAUUACCGUGCGUAUGUAAGACAAUAUUUAUGAUCAGUGCAUAAAAUAUGCUAAAACUAAUGAACUAGAAGACAAAUUCAUUUAAUUUUUUUUGUUCCAACUUGAGAAAACAUACGUUCUCAUUUUUUUUGUUUUUCACGCAUAAUAAUGAGCCGCGAAUUUUUUGUUUUCACAUUUGAUCGACCCUUUUGCAGGGUUUGUAACAGUGGUUCGUAAAAUUUUUCUUUUCAACCGUACAAACGCAAAAUGCUUUGUGCAAAAUUAUCAAACUGAAAACUAUACGAUUGUGACACCGCACCGAAAAAAAAAACAAAAAACAAAAUCAGUUUCUAUUUGCUACAAUAACAUGUGUACGUAUUGAUGAUGGAGUUACUUUAAUUGUAUCAAUUGCUGAACGAUUUAUCAAUACACCUUGUAAAUAUUGAAAAAAAAAAAGAAAAAAAAAGAUGCUAGUUACUUUAAUCUCGUUUAUAGUUAUUUAGUUUAAGUCAAGAUCGAAAGAAGCGUGUGGAAUGUUACGUAUAAGUCGUAUAGUAUGUAAAUUUAGAAAAUAAAAAUAGUACGUAUUUAA